GAUCCCUGGUACAAAAAAAAAAAAAAGGUGAUAACAAUUUAUGUCCUGGGUGACUUAGCCUUGCUUAUAUCUAUUUGUUAGCUAGGCCUUUUGAUAUUUUUGUAGACAGUCUGGUUCAUCUUGAUUUCAACAGCAUCCAAACUCUCGUACCCUUCGGGUUCUCUUAUUAUUGCUGUGGUGCAGAAGAUUUAAACUCAGACGUUUAGCUGAUGUUCGCAAGGAAUAGAGUCACGUGAUGUAUGAAGGGAAACAUAUACACUUCUCUGAGGUUGACAAUAAGCCCUUGUGCUCAUAUAGCCCCAAACUGUGCAAGCAGCGGCGACUCAACGGCUACGCAUUCUGCAUCAGACACGUUUUGGAGGACAAGACUGCCCCCUUCAAGCAAUGUGAAUAUGUGGCCAAGUAUAACAGCCAGCGCUGCACCAACCCCAUCCCCAAAUCGGAGGAUCGCAGGUACUGCAACAGCCACUUGCAGGUACUUGGCUUUAUCCCGAAAAAAGAGAGGAAGAAAAAGAAUGAUCCUAUAGAUGAGGUAAAGGUCAGGCACCAGAUGGAUACCAUGGCCUUCAGCCUGACAGUGCCCACGCUGGCCCUGAAGAUGCCCAAUGGACUGGAUGGCAUGUCCCUCUCUCCACCUGGGGCCAGGGUCCCUCUCCACUACCUGGACACUGAGUUUGAAGACCCGUUUGCGUUCAAUGAGGAAGACGAUGACCUAAAGAAAGGGGCAACUGUGAGAAGGAAGUUGCAGAGCAAGUUGGCCCAGAACCGGCAGCGCCAGAGAGAGACCGAGAUUCUAAAAGUUCGACAAGAGCACUUUAGUCCCCCUCCUGCAUCUUCCCAGCAGCAGCAGCAGCCUCCGCAGCAGCACUCCCACCUGUCACCUUUAUCCACAUCUUUAAAACCUCCAGCGCCACCACAGGGCUCCAUCUGCAAGUCACCUCAACCUCAGAACACCAGCGCACCAGUGCAGGGAGUGGCCCCCACCACACUCACCAUAGCACAAGCUCGGCAGGCAUCGCACAAGAGGCCUCCGCCCCUCCUUCCAGCCAGCAGGGCUACUGCUGCGGACCUGCCCCGGACUGACCGGGUCCUCAUGAAAGCCACCGCCUUCUCUCCACACUUCUCCUGCAUAAGUCGGCUGCAGAGACUGGUGAAACUAUACACCCAGAAGCAUCAGCUGGACACAGAUCUGUUUCCCCAUUUAGGGUUGGACUGGUCUGAAGAGAGUGGAGAGGAGCUGGAAGACUCUGAGCAGGCCUCCCCAUACCAGGUUGCAUGGUCCGUCCGGGAAACGCUCAGAUAUGAAAGACACACGUCUGACGACGACGACGACGACGACGACGUGGAGAGCAGGAGCUCCAGGGUGACCCAACUUUGCACUUACUUUCAGCAGAAGUACAAGCACCUCUGCCGCCUGGCGCGGGAGGAGUCACGGCAGAAAAGAUGCAGGCUGGCGCUGAGGAAGGCGCUGCUGCAGGCGGCCAGCCGGGAGCCGGAGAGCGCUGGCCAGCUGCUGCAGGAGCUGCGGAGAGAGGCGUGCGGCGGGGCCAGCAUAAGCCAGACCAAGUUGAAGGAGUUAGAACCCGCAGCUUGCAGCGGAGCCACGAAGGGUGAGCAGUGUACAAACAGAGCCCUUCCGUUCACCAGACACUGUUUCCAGCACAUCCUCUCGAACCGCUCCCAGCAGCUCUUCUCCAGCUGCACCGCCAGGUUUGCAGAUGGGCAGCAGUGCUCGGUGCCUGUGUUUGACAUCACACACCAGACACCGCUGUGUGAAGAACAUGCCAAAAAAAUGGAUAAUUUCUUGAGAGGAGAUAACUCUCGUAAAGUUCAGCACCAGCAGCAGAGGAAACCCAGGAAAAAAACCAAGCCUCCUGCACUUACCAAAAAACAUAAGAAAAAGAGACGGCGUGGACCUCGUCGACCCCAGAAGCCCAUUCCCCCUGCGGUCCCCCAGGGGAACCUCAGCAUGCCCACCAGCAUCUCACUGCCAGUGGAGGCCCCUCACAUCCGGAGCCCAUCCACCCCAGAGCUGAGUGCUGAUGAGUUGCCAGAUGAUAUUGCCAAUGAGAUCAGCGACAUUCCACACGACUUGGAACUGAACCAGGAGGACUUCUCUGAUGUCCUGCCCAGGCUACCUGAUGACCUACAGGAUUUUGAUUUUUUUGAAGGGAAGAAUGGAGACCUCCUCCCGAUGAGCGAAGAGGCCGAGGAGCUUGAGCGGGCCUUGCAGGCCGUCACUUCUCUUGAGUGCCUGAGUACCAUUGGGGUCCUUUCCCAGUCAGAUGGUGUGUCCGUCCAGGAGCUGUCAGAUAGAGGAAUAGGGGUGUUUUCCACGGGCACUGGAGCUUCAGGAAUCCAUUCUUUGAGCCGAGAAGUGAACACGGACCUAGGGGAGCUAUUGAACGGGCGUAUAGUACCUGAUAAUUUUUCUAGUUUAGAGCUGGAUGAAAACCUGCUCCGUUCUGCUACCUUGUCUAACCCACCUACACCCCUGGCAGGGCAGAUCCAGGGGCAGUUCUCUGCCCCAGCCAACGUUGGCCUUACUUCUGCCACUCUGAUCAGCCAGAGUGCACUCGGGGAGCGAGCCUUCCCAGGACAGUUUCAUGGAGUCCACGAUGGCAGCCAUGCCUCUCAGAGGCCACAUCCUGCCCAGCUGCUGAGCAAGGCAGACGACCUGAUCACCUCACGACAGCAAUACAGCAGUGACCAUUCACACUCCUCGCCCCACGGAAGCCAUUAUGAUAGUGAGCACGUGCCGUCUCCCUACAGUGACCAUAUCACCUCGCCCCACACAACAUCUUACUCUGGUGAUAAUAUGGCAGCUACCUUUUCAGCAGAGAUGCCCAUCAUGGCACAGCACUUGCUCCCCACACAACUUGAGGUGCCACUUGGAGGAGUGGUAAACCCCAGAACUCACUGGGGGAACCUCCCCGUCAACCUCGGUGAGCCCUCUCCAUUCAGCAACCUUCUCGGCGCAGACGGACAUCUUCUCUCCACUUCCCUCUCCACACCUCCCACCACCUCGAACUCAGAGACCACACAGCCUGCCUUCGCCACCGCAACCCCCAGCAGCUCCAGCGUGCUCCCGGGGUUGCCCCAGACCAGCUUCAGUGGCAUGGGGCCUUCUGCGGAACUCAUGGCCUCCACCUCUCCCAAGCAGCAGCUCCCUCAGUUCAGCGCAGCCUUCGGCCACCAGCUGAGUGCUCACAGUGGCAUCCCCAAGGACCUGCAGCCAAGCCACAGCUCCAUAGCCCCCCCUACAGGCUUCACAGUGACAGGUGCCACAGCUACAAGUACCAAUAAUGCAUCCUCUCCCUUCCCUUCUCCUAACUGAGCACGUCUGUGUCUCCAGGCAAGCGGGAACCCAGGUUUUCUUUGUUUCCUCUUUAGCACCCCUCUCCCCUUUCCUACAGAGAUUUCCAAGUCAAAGACGGGGAUUAGGGGGCGCUGCCUUCCCAGUCCAGCAGGUGGCCAUGAGCAGGCCUGCCUCAGUGUUCACACGUGCUCCUUGGCACUGGUGCUCCUUCCCUUUGGCAGGCCCAGCGGCCUGGCCAUUUCCUGGUGGUUCAGAACAGUGACUGGAGAGGAUUGAUUUUGAGCAGCAAGUCCUAGAAGUGGAAGAUACCUCAGAUUACCAGUGCCCUUUACUAUUUGCUAGUAUCCAGAUCAAUGCUUUCCAUUCUCCAGCCAGGUUUCUACAUAGUGAGUCUAGGCAGAAUGAUUCAUUGGGUUCCUGUGUAGGAAGUAAUAGGUGUGCGGACAGGUAGGUCAAGGUUCUGACUUAACACCAACUGCCAGCCACCAUGAUGAGGCCAGGAUGUCAUUCGUACUCAUGAUCAUGGUUGGCUACAAAGGAAACAGUAUCAUUGACCACCUGUGAAUGUGUGUGCACCCAUAUGUAUGUUUUGUGCAGUGCAGGAAGUAGCCGUCUGGUUGUUUGUUUUUUAACCCCCUAUGGUGAAUAGAAUGCUCUUUUCCUUUGCUAUGUCUCGCACCCUAGUAAUGUUGGUCCUUCUGUUCCAUUGAGUUAACUAAAAUUUCCUGAAUAGAGAGGUGGAUGGCCUGGUCGUGUGAACAGCACAGCCUUUUUCUGUUAAGUGUUGGUUCAUGAAGAAACAGGACACAAAAAGCAGAAAUCGUGUCAGCAAUGGGAUGUCAUGGAAAGUUUUCCUGGAGUGGCCAUGGGGCGGUCACUUUGCCCUUUUCAGAUGUACAUUUGUUUGAAGUCCCUUGCUCAUGGAAUACAUUUGCAGGAUGUAAUUGAAGGAACUGUUUUGACAUGAAAAGGCAGAAUAGGUGAGAUAGAUCUGAAAGAUGAAAUCUGUGAACUCCUUGGUCCAUCUUUUGCUUUGAAUUUUUCAUGUUUACAGUAGUGAUUCUUUGGUAAGAUUUGUAAAAUGUUGAAGACGCUUGUAGAAUCAGUGUACCGGUUGUGAAGUGAUGUGUAAUAUCUGAAGGAUACACAUUUUAAAGUUUGUUUCAAAGCAGAAUGUGGAAAUUAGACAUAAAUUGUACCUGUGUUUGGUACUUUUAAAAUAAUUUAAGUACUUAAGUUUAAGUAAAUUUGGAAAUAGGUUGGGGAAAUUCUUUUAAAGUACCAGAAUUUUAGGGUUAAAAGUCACAUUGGGUAGUUUAGUAAGUUGGUAACUAUGAAAUGAGUAUGUGAUGUUUCUUCUUGCCUGCCUUUCCCUCCAGCUCUCCCAGGAGGGUGGAUCUAGAUUUUAAAGGCAUCUUUACUUUUGCUGCGAAGUUUCAUUUUCCCUUAAUACCAUUGGCUAUGUAUACCUGAGUCCACUCUAAUUUACACAUAUAUAUUUUAAAAGAAAAGUAGAGAGAGCAUAUGUAUUAAUGAUGUAGUACAAUAACCCAUUCAUCGGGGAGCAUUUCAUCUUCCUUCUUUCCUAAUAAGUAAAAAUUUGAUGUAUUUUCCUACUUCCUGUAUGUAUUUUCAUGCCGUGCUAGUUCUAACCAGACCUUUCUUUUGAAAGCUUUUCUUUCUCUGCUUUUUAAAAGAAUGAUGGUGAUCAGCAGGCAUUAUGCAGAUACCAUGUGCCUGAGCUUAUGGGGGGAAAUGUCACAUGCCUGUAUGAAAUCAUGAUAUGCCCUGUUUUGUAUUUAUUGAAGUUUUUUUGGGGGGCCAAAAAUAUGUUUGUAAUAUAUUUACUUUUUUUUAAAGAAUCAUGUUUAUUGAUUGGAAGAUUUAUUUUUAAUAGCUUUGUCUCUUUUGCAGAUUGAGAAAUUUCUAAAUUAUAAAUUAUGUCACAAAGCAAAAUUAUAUUUGGUACCACCAUAAAUUUCUAUUCUGAGUGGUGAGAGGAGAUAAUUUGAAUACUUCUCACCUGUGAACCUAUGUCAGUAAGCUUUUUUACUUUAGUGCACUGUAAUGAAAUGAUGAUGAGUAGUUACCUCUGCUCAAAAGUGUCAUUUAGUUUGCUAAGCUAUUUUCACAUCCCAUCAUAACCAUCACUAGAGAACCGCAUUCCCGGUGGUUUUGUUUUGUCUCUGUUGAAUAAUAAUGAAAGGUUGUAGCAGAGCAGCACAUGGACUUCCUUAUCAGUCUUUUGACAGUGAAGGGUGUCAUGGUAGUUGAUUUUAACUUUUUCUGGCUAUUUGUCCCUUGUGUCAAAUUCUUCAGCUGUCAGAACUGAGUUUGCAGUAAGUUGCACUUGUGUUGUUUGCAGUGUUCUGUUUUAUGUCCAAUUAAAAGCCCUUCUAGGGCCGGGGAUUUAGCUCAGUGGUUCCGCUGCCUGCCUUGCAAGCACAAGGUCCUGAGUUCAAUCCCUGGUACCAAAUAAAUAAAUAAAAGCCCUUCUCUGCUUUCUAGCAAGGAGGCAUGAAAUGAUCGGGAAUGUUGCCAGUUACAGCUUCACACCAAAAACGUUCAGUAUGUUCACUUUGUUUAGUCGCCCCUGGUAGUAGCCUAGGAAAGGGCACUUUUAGAAGGUAGCAGUGUAGGGUUGAAUAAUUAACAGAAACACUUUUCCUCUUUUCAUCUACUUCAAAAUAAAUAUCCAAGCUUUCACUUUGCUUUGCUUUACUGUUUCUGUGAGUCUCUUGUUUAGAAGAAAGAAGAACAUCUAUAAGCCCAGAGAUAUCCGUUACAUUUUUCUAUUACUUACUGGAGCAAUUCUAAUCUAUUAAUAGUAGGUUUGCUGUAAGUGUACAGAGAAUGAAGUAUCCUUUACUCCAAAAUUAUAAAAAUUGAUGUCUUUUAAAAUGGCACUUAUGUUAUCACAAGGCAGUACUGGAAUCAGAAACAGAUCUUACAUAAGUUCCUAAUUAGGUAAAACGUAGCUCUUACUCUAGUGUUUAACACAUGAAGAAAUAUGACAAAAAAGUUUCACUGUUUCUGCAGUUCUCCGGGACCAUUUAUAAAGGCCAGUUAGAUUAUGUACUGUGACUUAAUUUUCAAAGUUGCUGCAGUUAAUGGAUUCAUUCAUUCUGUGCUCUGAGGACCUGUUAUUCACUGACUGUGAUUUAUAGCAUCUGCUGGAAAGAUGGGGGUUUCUCUCCUUUAACUGUUAAUAUUACUUAAUAAAAGCACAUGACACAUUUUUUUUCCUCUGUCAAAAUGGCUUAGCGGUUUUCACAUCUGGGUAGGUUAUGUAGCUAGUAAACAAUUCAGGAUAGUAAAUAGCAAUUACAUUUAACCCACCAAGUUACAGACUAUGCAAUGGAAAAAAUUUUCUACUUAUUGUCGCAUAGCUUAUACAGCAAAGGAUUAUUUUCUGUAGUAGACCUACCAUGUGCGAUAUACCUGCUUUAUAAAUGACUUCCUGAGUAAUUUCAUGUUGGCAGGCAGUGUGGUAUGUCUAGUGUCCCUCUAUGAGAAGAUUAUAAUUUAGUGAGAAGCCAAUAAUAGGUAUGGAGAACAAGUUGGAAAGCGAUUAUUUUAAAUUUUAUUUUUCUUAAAAUUUGGUGUUACCAUCUUUUGUGGUUUAAGGCUAAAGAAAGCUAAUACUUUAUUUUUGCCAAAUAACUGUUUAUAAGAUUUAUUUCUGAUUAAUCUCUCAACUGAAGGUUAGGUCAUUCUCUGUGACUAACUAACACUAAAGCUUUUCCUUGUUAAGUGUUCACCUGCAGUCCCGGUCCCAGUCUGCAGUGUCUGGGAGGAAACCGUGUCUGCGCCACCACACAGUGCCCUGUCCGUACCAUUUCCUUUCACAGGAAAAAGUUAGAUUUCUGUGGACCUGUAGUUCGAACUGUUGAUAAUUUGCAUUAGAAUUUGAGUCCACGUUGUCAAUCCUUUAUUGUCAGCUCAUUGGUCCUGCAGUCCUUCCUGUGCCUUGCAUCAGGUAUGGGGGACAUUGUAGGCUUUAGCAGCAAUGCCUGCGUAAGGCAACACUGCUCUUCUUCUUUAACUUAGUUUUAAGGUUGUUGUGGAUUGGUAUUACAAAAAGAUGAGGUAUUAAAACUAAAGUAAUUACUUAAUAGGUUUGAAAUUCAUUAAAAUUGUUUUGGGUGUGUACUUUUCAGUUAUGUCAUCUUUCUUUUUAGCUUUCUUUUAAAAUUUCAUUAUUCUGGUACAUAUUGAAUAAUCUUAACAGAAUGAUCUGCUAAAUGGUCAGCAGAACUCCCCAGGUUAAUGAGGCAAUUGAGAGGAUUCCUUGAAAGAAAUUUCCUCAUACUGAACAGUCUUCAUUUCUUUACCAAUACUUGAUUGUUCUAAGGAUUUUUUUCUAAAAAACAUAUAUUUUGUGGGAUAUAUAUAUAUUCAUGAAUACAUGUAGAUUUUUUUUCCUUCUUAAUAAAUUGAAAAUAACCAAAUCUUCACUGGUAUUCUAUAGAAAAGUAAAACUGUAAUGAUUUCUUAACAUCUUGGCCUUUGUAAUCUCAUGCCCUUUCCUGUAUCAUAUUCUAAAGGGAACCAAAAUCAUAUUUAGUAGAUUAAAGCAACAUUUUAAAUGCUAUCUUUCAAAUGAUUUGUAACAAGUUUCAGCGAAGAACAUAUGCACAUAUUGGUUACACCUUUUCCCCUGGCAGUGAGUUAGGAAACACAGAUACAUCUCUUCUAAUAACCAGUGUCAGCAGUGGUACACUAGUUGGUCAGACUUAGGGAGGCUUUUCCUUUUUAGUUCCAGGCUUUAUUUUUUGUUAGCUUUGCUUUGCUUUCCUUUCCUUUCCUUUUCUUUUUUUUUUUUGAGGGGGUACCAGGGAUUGAACUCAGGACCUUGCGCUUGCAAGGCAGGCGCGGCCCCACUGAGCUACAUCCCCGGCCCCUGUUUUUUUUUUUUUUUUUUGCAUUGUGACAGAACUAAUCAGGGGAGAUGGGGCAUUUCAGAGAAAGUAAAUUUGGUAUGAUUUUCUUCACCUUGUGUUCCCUAAUUUGGAAUGUUUGGAAAGUUGAAGAGCAGAGUUUGGGUGAUCUGAAGUUUAUUCUGAAAAACAGUCUUGUAAGAGGGCAGUGUGUUUAUCUCUGAGUGAGCGACGUUGGGCAGCACAGCUUUUCCUCCUCUCUUCUCCCUACUCGCCUCUGCCAGCUCCCAGGACUGAAGUAUGACUGUGUGAUCUUGGCCGAAGAGUAAUAGAAUCCUCUUCCUUCACUUGUUUUCCCAUUAUUUUUGUUUCUUUGUUUAAGCUCUCUGUGCACCCAAAGUUCCCCAUGGAAAAUGAUUCAGCAUGCAGGGCAGAAGCCCCCAGUGCAACUCAGUGCCACACCAUUUCUUUUACUGGGGAGUAGACUGAUUGGCCCUGAAAUGGCUUCCACCUGCACCCUUAAGGUGCAGUUGGCUCUAAUGGAUAGUGCUGCCAUGAUGGAAAAGUUGACACAUGGUGACAUUGUCUUCAUCUGUUUGGAAGGGUUGAGUCUGUUCUUCUCACAGUAAUCGUUCUUUUCACUGUUAUAGUAUUGAGUACGUCUCAGGGAUUCCUUGCGGAAAUUAGGGCAGUUUUAAAAAUAAGAAUAGUUUUAAAAGAAACUAAAGGUGACCCAUCAUUGAAGAGAGUGCAAGAAAGAAAACAUAUGGUUUCGCAGCCCACGUGUCUAACCUAGGACCUUUUCCUUUCUACUUCAGGCUCUCAUCAGCUUCAGCAUAUGUAGACUCCUUUCCCAUCGCACACAGCUUUAAAACUUUUAUUUAAAAAUUUCCUUCCCCAAUGAGCUUUCAGAAUACUUAUUGUAGAUUUUAAGAGAAAAGGUAUAUUAAUUUAUGCUAUUAACAUCACCUCAUAAAUUAUAAGUUUUAUACUAAAGCUGUAUUGAGUGUAAUGAAUUAUGUUGCUAUGUGUUUAAUAGCUAAAAAUUAUAUAUGAGCUUUUUUUUUUUUUUUGACAAAACAAACUAGUGAAGCACCUUUUUACACUGGAUCUCUGCCGUGUCAAGGUGUAUAGCUAUCCUUUGCUACCUUGCAGAUAUAUAAAACAAAAGGGUAUCCUGGGGCCUCAAAAUGUAGAACACCUUUUAGACCAUUUAUUAUUGUUCAUAGAACUGUUGAGAAUCAUGUUCUUAGUGAAUGAUCUGUGGUUUACACUUAAGAUGGCUAGAAGCUUAGUUACAGGGUAAAUAGAAAUACAUAGAUCAAGUAAAACUCCCAACUACUGUAGCUGGAAUUUGUGAACUAAGUUUUUAAGACCUCUUUUAUUUCCUAUUGAUUUGUUCUUUGAUUUACAGUUUAUUCUGUAAGUUGGGAAGUAAAAAUAGAGAAAAUAAUAGAUGUUCUCAGUGUCUUAUUCAGGAACUUUUUUAUCCCUCCUCACCAAGGAAUUCCCACUGUGACUUAAAAAUACAAUUAAAUUUCUUGUGUGUGUGUUUAUGUCUGUGUUUUUUACACACAUGCAAAAAUAUACAUUGGGGGCAUAUGUGUGAGAGAGAUGAAUGUGUGCUUAUAUAAAAAUACAGAAAGGUAACCGAAUGUAUUGUAAAUUAUGAUUUAUGUAGUUGAGGGUAUUAGAGUUACUGUCUCAUUGUCUCUGUUGUAUAAAUACACCAAAUUCUUCAUCAUGUUAUGUUCAAAGGCUAGCUCUGAUAUCAUGUGCAUUUUAUUUUAACCUUUGUAUUAACUUAUGUUUUUAAAGUGACAUAAAAAACAGCAGAUUCUAAGACCAACCUCUCACUUUUGAACAUAAAAAUGAGAGGGAAAGAUAGACAGACUCAGACAGGAGCUGUGUUUAGUGGGGUGACGGGACCAGAGAUCUGUUGAGCUUUCUUAUGUUAAUAAUAGAUUUUUUUUUCAUUUCUCACUUAUAAGAUAUUAUUGAUUAUCUUUUCUUGGUGAAGUUAAGAGAAAUUAUGGGGGUUUAUGAAAAAUUAUAUAAAGGGGCUGCUUUGUUUUAGGAAUUGAUGGGAUCAUUUCACCAUGCAUAUUUCAAAGGUAGGAUGAUUUCAGCUAUUUCCAAAACAUUUUUAAAAUUUUUGUUUAGCUGUGCCCUUAGUAACGAGGUUAGAGUGCUCCUGUGCUCAUCUUUUGGAAAAAUUGUGCUACUCUUGACUUUUACUGAUUCAUGUGGAAUUUUUUAAAAAUACAUUUCUAUAGUUUGAAUUUUAAGUUAUUAUUUUGCUAUAUAUUCUUUACUGGAGUAAUCUUGUGAUGUAAAAUAUUAAAAACUAGAGUUAAAUGUUCCAGUCACAUUUUUAGUAUUUAAAAAAUAAAAACCCAUGUACUUGGAAAUAUUUCAAAAUGACUUCUGAUAAUAAAUCUGAAUUUGUAGUUGUCUUUGAGGCUUCCUUUCCUUCAUCUUAGAAGACCUAGGAAACUUAAUAUGUUCUUUCUUACAGUUAUAUUUUUGUAGCAUCUCUUGGUUUCAUUCAUUCUUGCUUUUGGAUUUUUAAAAAUCUGCAUAUUUCUUGUACAUAAGCAUGCAAAUGAAAGAAGGGAGUUUGUAAUGGUGCCAUUUCUCCCUUCAGUUGCUGGUUAAUGGGAUUUAUUACAAUAAAUUCCCUUUGAUUGCAGGGUGAAAACAGACCCUUUUGUGUAUAUCUGUACAGAGAUGUGUAUAUGGGAUGUGGUGGCACUUUGCUGAAUGUGAACUUGCCUUGUCAAUGGAAAGAUUGAAAAGUAUCGUUUAUUUAUACAUUUGUAUAAAUCUAUAUAUACACGUAUGUAUAUGUGUGUGUAUAGAUAAAGCUAUAUACAUAUAUUUCCCUAAAAAAUGUGUGUGUAUAAUAGGUAAACAGCCUUUUGUCUAUGGAAAAUUCUGGGUUAUUCUGUAAGCCAGAGGAGGCAAUGGUCUACAGUAUGUCAUCAGAGCAUAUUAAAAUGGAAGUCCGUUGGAUUAUAGUUUUCUUCACAGCUCUCAUAAAUGAAUACUUAUCCUAAUUGUUCCUACUCACAGGGCCCACCAUUCUUCUCUUCACUACUUUCUAGUUAAUCUCUCAUCACUUUGGGGAAAUUAUCACAAAUUACUGUGUUUUCCCCUCUUAAUUAUUACCUUUCUAGCUAGAAGCUUUCGGCUUAAAUAUGUUUCAUAAGCUUCUGAACUGUUUCUUUUAAAGAUCUUUAAUCUCUGAAAUUUUCUGAAAGGUACAACUUGUAAAAAUACUUUCUAUGGUAAUCUGUAGGAAUUGGGUAGUCAUCAUCUUUGUCUCAAAAACAAACAUAGAGCCAAUAUUAAAACCAAACUAAUUUUGAAACUUUUACCUAGAUAACUUGAGGAUAUUUUACUUUUUUAAAAAAAAACUCUUAGGGCUGGGGAUUUAGCUCAGUGGUUCUGCCGCCUGCCUUGAAAGUACAAGGACCCAAGUUCGAUCCCUGGUACCUAAAAAAAAUAAAAAUGAAAAUGAAAAAAAAGUUCUCAGAUUUUAUGACUGAUAUUACUUAUAGUGUUAGGUUUAUUUACAUACUUGUCAUUGAAUUGUCAUUUAAGGAAUUUGGUUUACAUUGUGGUUUAAAUUUACCAUUUGGAUUUUAAUGAAAAGCAUACAAAGUCCCAUGUAAGCCUCUUGAGUUCUGUGAUUAAUUUUAUGAUAAAACUGCUUUAGUGCAUUCUUGCCUAAUGAAUUCUGCUAUAUUUCCUUUGACUUUUCUUGCAGUUGUGACAUUGUUUUAACUUUGCUGCAGCUCUCUAGAAAAUUUGCAUCCCUAUAUAUUGUGCCUUUAAAGCUCUUAUGCACACACAGGUAGAAGUGUAUAUAUACAUGUUGGAGCAUGUGUACAUAUACUUUCAUGUCGCUCACACAGUAUGUCUCUAGUAUGUAUUGUGGGAGUGGACAUACAGAUAUUCAAAGGCAAUGAAAUGUUGCGCUCUAGAUAUAUAUGUAUAUAAAUAAUGUUGAUAGAACUGUAUAUACACAUGUACAUGUAUAAGUUUUAAAUGGCAAUCCUUUACAUUUAGCAAAAUGCUACCCCUACUGGAAAAUUGUCACUGCAAUGGCAGUUGUAUGUAAUGAUUUAAAAUACAUUAUCAGAAAUUAUUUAAAAAAAUUUAAAAGUCUCAUCUGAAACAUCCACACAUUAUUUAUUUAUCUUCUUUUUCCUUUUAUUAUGUUUCUUUAACUGAAAGGGAGACUAUCAUUUUUUGAAUGCCACCUGUCCAAUGAGAGACAAGAUUUACUUGAGGAACUUGCCUCAGUUUUCCUUUCUGAAAUGGAGUUGUACCACACCCCAGCCUGUUAUUUCAGUUAUGAAGUGAUCCUAUUAUUUCCAUUAGUGUGUGUCAUCUACCAUCUCCUAGAUCAACUCAAUUCACCAUUUUGCCUCUUCUUUUCAUUAAUAAAUAAUGAUCAUUGAGAUCAUUUUGCCUGGGGGUAAGUUAAGUACUCUCUUGCUGCAGGGAAAUAUAUCACCUAAUUGUUAUUCUGCCUUGUUCAAAAUUCAGCUUUGGAAGAAGACAGUUCUAUCCUGAAGCUCUUACACACAUUUUGCAUUUAUUUAAAGGUGUUCCUAAUCUUUUUUUUUUUUUUUUUUUUUAAAGAACUCUUUAAGUUGCAUAUCCUUGAUGUAGAUUUAAUUCUUAUUCCCCACAGCUUCAGGUAUUUUUCAUUUGUGUGUCAGUUUGACACAAUGAAUGCAAGAGUGUUAAGAAUAUAUUGUUAUAUAUUAUUUUAUACUGUGAUGAGUUGACAGCAGAUUACAUCUCAAGAACUUCCGAGAGGGGAAGGUAGAUGGACAAUCCUAAGCAGUAAGAUGCUGGGGGCAGGGGUGUGUGUGGAGUCAGGGUACCCCUGAAGACCAUAAUAGAGAGGUUGGGGUUUGAAUGAUUUUAGAGUAGCUUAGCUGGAACUUGAUAUCAGAAGCAGCCUUUAACACAAAAAAGCCUCUUGGUAGUUAUGUGGUACUAACUAGAGUAAUGAAGUGUAACUUGAAACCAAGUUGCAGUGGGAAAUCAAAGGUGAGGUAGCUUAUUUGAAACCAGUGAAGGACAGAUUGGACAGUUUUUAAAUCUCUUCUAACAAACUAACUGCACGGUAGCAAGGACUAGCAGUUCUCAAAGCCCCUUUUCAGUGUUCUCAUUCACUUUGGCACACAAGUAUGUUUAAUGUAUCAUACAUUUAAAAUAUAUUGAAAGCGAAAAAGCUGCUUAAAGGGAAUUUACAAACUGAGAACCUUCUAUUUGCUGUUAAUAGUGGCUGCAAGCUUAGUUAUAUGCUCAAAAACUAGAAGCCACUUUUUAAAAUUUUGACAGCAAAAGAUGAGGAAGUGGGCAGACUUUGAUAGGAGCCCCCAUAUCUGAUGUAAAGGUGUGUCUGUGGCAUUGGAUGUGGUGUCCCUGAUGGAGAAGACAUUGCGGAAGAUUAUGGGCUUUUGGUUUGUAAUUUCCCUUUAAACAAGAAGAGAUGGCUCACAUUUUCCAUAUAUAUCUCAAUGAAUGUACUGUAUUACUGUUUUAAAAUUUGAUGAAAUAAUAAUGGAUUGGUCUCCUUUUGUUAUCUGGUCCUUGUUUAAUUUGUUUAAGGGUUUUUGUAUACAAAGGUUUACAUUUUUAUGUAUAUUUUUCUUGUGUAAAAACUGAUGUAAUAUGUGUAUAAAACACUAUGUAUUAUCUGUAUAUAGUGUGACAAAAUGAUCUUUCUUUUGGAUGUAUUAAUAAAUCUUGCUGUGAAGUA